AACCCCACCCCCGGCGGCGAGGCCCGGCCCAUGGCUCGGCGUUCGGCGGGCCGGGGCCGGCCGCUUCCUGCCCGUGCCAGACGGUGCCGCGGGUAGCAGCGGCGGCUGUAGCUCGGCGGCGCCAUGCGGGACUACGAGGAGGUGUCCGCCUUCCUGGGCGAGUGGGGCCGCUUCCAGCGCCUCGUCUUCUUCCUGCUCAGCGCCAGCAUCGUCCCCAACGGCUUCAACGGCCUCUCCAUCGUCUUCUUAGCCGGCACCCCCGCGCACCGGUGCGCCGUGCCCCGCGGCGCCAACCUGAGCGGCGAGUGGCUGAACGCCAGCAUCCCGCUGGAGCUGCGCGGCGGCCGGGCGGAGCCGAGCCGCUGCCGCCGCUACCGCCUGGCCGCGCUCGCCAGCUUCUCGGCGCUGGGGCUGCGGCCCGGCUCCGACGUGGAGCUGGGAGAGCUGGAGCAGGAGCCGUGCCUGGACGGCUGGGAGUACAGCCGAGACGUCUACCGCUCCACCAUCGUCACCGAGUGGAAUCUCGUGUGUGACAACGACUGGAAGGGACCCCUGAGUACCUCCUUGUUUUUUGUGGGUGUCCUGCUCGGAUCUUUCAUAUCGGGACAACUCUCAGACAAGUUUGGCAGGAAGAAUGUGCUGUUUGCAACUAUGGCAAUGCAGACUGGCUUCAGCUUCAUACAGGUCUUCUCUACCAGCUGGGAGAUGUUUUCAGUGUUCUUUUUGCUGGUCGGCAUGGGACAGAUAUCUAACUACGUGGCAGCGUUUGUUCUCGGCACAGAAAUUCUUGGCAAAUCAAUCCGUGUGCUAUUCUGCACACUAGGUGUUUGCAUAUUUUACGCAUUUGGCUACAUGUUGCUGCCACUGUUUGCUUACUUCAUCAGAGACUGGCGGAUGCUGCUGCUGGCGCUUACUUUACCUGGGCUGCUCUGCAUCCCACUCUGGUGGGUCAUUCCAGAAUCUCCACGGUGGCUAAUCUCUCAGGGACGAUUUCAAGAGGCAGAAGACAUACUCCGAAAGGCUGCAAAAAUUAAUGGUAUUACACCCCCAGAUGUAAUACUUGAUCCUAGUGAGCUGCAGGAUGUGGAUUCCCAGAGACAACAGACAUACACCAUUUUGGAUCUAAUGAAAACCCGAAAUAUUCUAACUAUCACAAUUAUGUCAGUGAUUCUGUGGAUGAUAAUCUCUGUUGGUUAUUUUGGACUUUCUCUUGACACACCCAACUUGCAUGGAGACGUCUAUUUAAACUGUUUCCUCUCAGCAGUGAUUGAAGUUCCAGCCUACAUUAUUUCCUGGCUGCUGCUUCGAAAUCUCCCCCGACGGUAUUCAAUGGCUGCUGCGUUAUUCUUGGGAGGCUGUGUUCUUCUCUUCAUUCAGCUGGUGCCUUCACAGUUUCGUGCCAUAUCUAUUCUCCUCGUGAUGCUGGGGAAAUUUGGGAUCACAUCUGCCUUUUCAAUGGUUUAUGUUUACACGGCUGAGCUUUACCCAACAGUGGUGAGAAACAUGGGAGUUGGAGCAAGCUCCAUGGCCUCCAGACUUGGCAGCAUCCUCUCACCUUACUUCGUUUACCUUGGUGCCUAUGAUAGGUUCCUGCCUUACAUCCUGAUGGGGAGCCUGACCGUGCUAUCAGGAAUCCUGACUCUAUUUCUGCCAGAAAGUUACGGUAUGCCUCUUCCUGACACAAUUGAGCAAAUGCUGUUGGUGAAAGGAUUAGAAUACAGGCCUGCAUCUACAAGGAAUUCGAAGGAUGAAGAAGAAAAUCCAGAGAUUUUUAAGAGCACAGCUUUUUAAUGAAACUCUCUGCUUCCUGGUGGAUUGAAAGUUAAAUGGACUUUUCUUCUAAUAUUCCUUCUAGAACAGGCUAGUGGCAACACUUUUUCCUGCAAUUUUAACCUUAUUUAUAAAUUUAAGCACUGUGUUCCAUACAUUCUCAUUUUAUAUGGCCAUAAAUAGUGUGUAGCCUUCAAUGAGAUUUUCAGCCGCAUUAAUGCAUUAGUACCAUGGAACAAUAUCUGGUCAACCCUUUGUAAGUAAGUGUGUAGUUCAGCUGAACAAUACUUGAAAAUGAGUUCAAGGGCUAGCAGAGCACCUGGAUUCAUCAGUGAGCCUUCUCCAGAGCUGAUGCCCAUCAAGGAUUUAAAAUAGCUAGAGAAAGCUGCUAAUUGGUUUUGAUUCCUUGACUUCUGUCUCUGGACAGAAAACUUAUUUAUUAUAGUAAAGGUUAUGAAAACGUGCCUCUUUGUGAUCUUAAGUGACUUUACACGUGCUGAAUUUGUUAACAGAUUCAGAAAGAUGCAAAGAAAGAUUUUUGAGAAGGAAUUCUAACUUGAAAUGUUUUAACUCGGCAUAGUGGAAGGAUAGUCUUGCACAAAAUACUUGUAGCAUUGAAGCUUUGCUCACAAAAUCCACUGGAAUCCAAUGCUGGUUUUUAACUACGUAUGUCUGAUGAAGUUGUUUACAUCUGACACUGGAAUGUGGCCUGAUUCGAGGCUGUAUUUAUUUUAAAUGAUGCAAAAGGUUUCAUCUCUGUGUGUAGAGGGUGUUGUUAGUUUGGGGUUCUUCCUUUUUGAUGAGUGUUGGAAAUUUUCUGUCCAAAUUGUUUGUUUUUUAAAUGUUCUGUGCAAUUUUGGAUGGUAGAAGUGAUUCUCCUGUCCUUGUUCUGUCCUUUCCACAUACAUGCACAUACACAUACUAUCAAUAAUCCACGCAACUCCAUUGACCUCGUGGUAAAAUUUACCAAGAACAACAUUUACAAUAUGUUUGAGACCACUGGUUCUUGAUUCACAAGUGCCAACGGUUUGAUUUCUGUGGGGUCUGUUACUUCACUUAACUUGUGUUAAUUGCGUAUGUGAAUUUCUUAAAGAAAAAAAAAUCAUGUUGAAAAUCUGCCAAGAAAUUAUUCCUUGGGUCGUAGAAGCACCCUUGGCACUACCUGUGUUUCUUUAAAUACGUACAAUAUACACAUACAUGGAGUCUCGUUUGUGCCAUCCUGAACUUGCAUUACUUUAUACUGUGACAGAUGUGUAUGGUAAAAGCAUUUAUCUUGUGGCACUUGUUUGUGUUUUGUCCUGUCUUAUAACGACUGAAUAAACAGAACCUGAACCUGUAUAGUCAAAGCUGUUAGGGGCCUUACUUUCUAGGUGCAGCAGCGGUUCAUGCAGUUGAACAGCUGAAUUACCAGUACUCUGUAUCCUGUCCUUGCUAACCGGGCUGCAGCGACUGGCUUGGUGCCGUUCUGUGCCCUCCGGACUGCUCGUCUGGGAAGCAAGAAGGCAGAAACUCUGCACAGACUGCAGUCUUUGGGUUUGUGUGUUACACUCUUCCUACCAAUGUCUUAAGCCUACAGGGCUUGCUCUGCUUUCCCUGCAUCUUCUCCCCUAAUUGUUUGGUGUUUUAACUUCUGGAUGCAGCGGGAAGCUGGCCAAUGUCACCAGGCCACAGAAUGAUAUAGAGAAGCUUACUUUUGUCAUAGUGUCAGCUCUUUCGAGAAGAGAAAUCCCAAAGUUCCGGCAGGUUCAGUUUCAUUCCUGUUUGACAGAUAAAGAGGCAUUUGGCAGAUGAGUUUAAAAUGGAGUGCAUAAUUUGAAAAUGGUGCAUAAGUUGAGAGUCUGAAUUUUGCAAGCCUCACUGCACAUCACUUAAUGGCCUUGAAGUGAGCAAACAAAUGUCAGGAGAAUGCAUGAAUCAGCCGGGUUUGCUGGUGGUGUGAACAUCCCUCAUCCAAAAGUCAUGAUAGAAUUUGUCAGGUUUCGGACCUGGCACCUUUUCUGGAAAAUUUUAGACCGUAUUCUUACAUAUGCAACGAACUCAGUGCAAAUAUAUUUUUGUAAGUGUUAUCUCUUUUAAACUGAUAGGAACUGGAGCAUCCAGAAGCAGCUGCUUUUUUGUGUCAUAGAAGAAAUGUGAUCACCACAGGAAUUUGAGGCAAAGCACAGUUAGCUGCAACUUCCUUGUGAUGAGUUUGCCAAUGUAAACAACUGUGUCCCAUAAGCCUCUUCCUGUAAACUGUUUCAGAAAAUAUCCUGAGAUGUAAGAUACAAGAUACGUGCUUGCCUGACACAUGAUCUAUUAUAGAAAUUCCCGUUAAAGUCCAUCUAACAUCUGACUUACCUGUUAUUUUUAAUCCACUGUUUCAACCAGGUAUGUGCCUGGCAGCGAGUCUUUUGUUCUUGAAUAUUUAAGUAUUCUAAUGUUUACUAAAUGAGGACUGGGGUUUUUUUUUGUUUAUUUUUGGUGCGACCUAAUUGGGGAAUUUUCUGGUUAUGACUAACACUGCAAAACACAAUGCCAAGCUCUGUGUCACAAAAUACACUUUCUUCCUUGCUAAUCUUAGAAGUAAAAAGUGUGAGUCAGAAACAAUGUAAUAUAAUUAAUAUAGCAUCCUGGAUUGUUUUCUGUUUACUUUGCUGUCUGGCACUGAUCCUCAGGCUUAUUUCUAAAACAAGGAACUUGUUUUAAAACAAGGAACUUGUUUUAGUGUGUAGUCAGAAUCCAGCUACUAAGUAUUUCCAAAAGAACUCAAGGGACUAUUUUAAUAGCAUCAACAGGCAGGUGAUGUGAUCUGUGCAAGACGUAGAUUAAAUGAACCAAACCAGUAAUUAGCAGGUGUUAGAGUGACAUCAGUACUGGCAAAGAGUCAGAUCUACAACACUGACUGUGGCUGUGGGUAGCUGUGGAAUAAAGCAUUGGUGCUGCACAGUACCAUAGUUUUGGAUGGUGCUUGCUGACCGCAACCUUGUCAGGCAUGGCUUACUUCCAAACAGUAUUGUCUGGGGUGGUAUUUCUCUAUAGACGUGUUCUUGGCGUGUCACUUUGUGUUACAGGGAUGUGAAGCAGGACUGGGACCUGUUUUCUGAGACCCUUCUGUAAAUGGACUGCUCUUAUAACUUCAGACUAAAUGGUUGUGAUGCCCAUAACCUGCGUUACAACAGUAGAGACUUCUGGUUAGGUAAAAUUAUCUGCUGCUAGAGAACCGUGCACAUUACAGGAUCUUCACCAAGGAAAACAGUAUUAAGGCCUUGACCUGGGAACUAGGGUGUCUUCAUUUACAGCUCUUUGACUCUUUUCAUCACCUUGGGCAAGUUGCACAAUCCUGUGACUUUGGUUUCCUUGCAUGCAAGUGGAAAUACCGUUAGCUCAAAAGGUACCAUAACUUCUUCAGUCACUUGUUCAUGCAAAACAGUCUUAUUUCACGGAAUUUUCUGGUUCGACUCUCCAGACUUUGAAUGCAAUCCUCACAACAGCAUUAUCUGGUAUUUUAUCAUUCAGAAGCAGGCAGGUUUGGGUCACUUCUGACACUGCACUUUAAGAGGUGUGAACACCUGCUCCUGUGCUUCCAAAUUACGGUUUGAAAGAAGACAGCACAGGGAGGUGGUGCAUAGACCAGAACGGGACUGCAGUAAGUCAGGCCAAGGGUUGGGGUUUGAAUGCUUAUUCAUGUUAUUUUAAUUGCACAACCCUUUCUCGGUUUUAUACGAAACUGCCUUCAGCCUGCUGCCUGUGAGGAGGAGCAAUAUUUACAAACAACUUUCUCUGUGUACCUAUCUACAUUGUAAAAAUCGUUUUUGUCCGGGAGACUUCCAUUUUGGGAUACGGUGAUACCAAUACUGAAUUGCUGGGCUCAUGGAAUCUGAGGUGAACGUGAGUUACACCCACCUCUGUUUACAGCUACUCACGUUUCUUGGUCUCACCCAUGGGGGCUGUUCUUGGUUGUGCUCUCCAGAGGCCUGUGCACCUGAGCACAGUAGGCACCUGCAGAAGUUGUUGGGACUGUCUCUGCGAAUAAACUUGUAUUUCACUAUUUGUAGAAUAGGGCCCUAACUUGCAAACCGUUUUCUUAGAACAUAGAAUCAGCUUAGGCAGCAUACUGCAUUGGUUACACGUGCCUUUGGGAGUACUUCAACCUCCUAGUGAUGGCCACAGCCUUGUAUAUAGAAACACAUGGAAAUUUCUUCUAAGAAUGUAAAUAUUCGUAGCUGUAACUAAAUUGAUUCUUACACUUUUUUUAUAUAGAAAAAUGCUUGUUGUUUGUAAAAUUCUGAAUAAAGUCCUAUCUGGAAUUCUCUUUAAAA